GUCUCCGACCUGCCCUCGCUCACUCUCUUCUGCCCGCCAUCCCUAACGGAGGCACCUGUUCCUGGUGGCGCAGCUCCUGGUGGCGCAGAGCACGCGGGCCCGGGCAGCGCGGAAAGCAGGAGGAGGAGGAAGAGCAGAGCAGGUCUGAGGACCAGAAGCUUCGCGGCACACCUGGUGGUGAGCAUCGCUAGGAAGAGGAGAAGGCAAGGAUAGGCCCAGGAGAAAUGGAGUCCAAAGAUCAAGGAGCAAAAAAUCUCAACAUGGAAAAUGACCAUCAGAAAAAGGAGGAAAAGGAAGAAAAGCCGCAAGAUACCAUCAAAAGGGAGCCGGUUGUGGCCCCCACUUUUGAGGCUGGCAAAAAUUGUGCGCCUAGAGGAGGUCGCAGGCGGUUCCGCGUUAGGCAGCCCAUUUCCCACUAUAGAUGGGACCUGAUGCACAGGGUUGGAGAGGCCCAGGGCAGGAUGAGAGAUGAGAAUGUGCAAAGGUUUGGGGAGGAUAUGAGACACCUCAUGGGCAAGUUGAGGGAAAGGCAGCUGAGCCAUAGUCUGCGGGCGGUGAGCACUGACCCCCCUCACCAUGACCACAAUGAUGAGUUUUGCCUUAUGCCCUGAGUCCUGAGGUUGUCUCUGAAGAUGCUAUGGGGACCCCUGCUUUGUGAUGUACAAGUUUUGAGGUUACUCCUUUUAUGUAGAUCUCUUCCUGUUACCAACUUCUAAGUGAAACUUGUGUUUUUUACUCGGCCUGUAAUUCUUUUAUCAGAUGCAUGGGAAGGUCCAUAUGACAUAUUGUGAACCUAAUAAAGCAGAUUGAAAAGGCA